UCCUCUCUCUCACAAAUAACAAACCCUUAUUCCGCUACUUGCUUUCGUUUCGAGCGUAAAACUCUUCCCUCCCUUUCUCCUCCCUCACCGCACCGCCACUCAACUCAAAUAACCACCACCACCAAUCCACGGCGGCGAUGGAUCCAAACCAAGUAGCUCUCAUCCUCGGCCCUGAUUCAUCUCAUUUAGAAUCCCUAAUUUCAAACUUCAUCUCCACCGGCAACGAGCAACGUUCUCAGGCCGAAACUCUCUUCAAUCUCUGCAAACAAACCCACCCCGAUUCCCUCAUCCUCCGUCUCGCUCAGCUUCUCCACUCUUCCCCCAACCCCGAAACCCGAACCAUGGCCACCAUCCUCCUCCGCCGCCACCUCACGCGCCACCACGAUGAUUCCUUCCUCUGGCCUCACCUCUCCCCACCCACGCGCUCUACCCUCUGCUCCCUCCUCCUCUCCUCGCUCCACCGCGAGCCGCAGAAGUCUAUCUCCAAGAAGCUAUGCGACACCGUUUCUGAACUUGCCUCUGCUUUGCUCCCUGAUGACCCCGCCGCCUGGCCGGAGCUGCUGCCGCUUUUGUUCCAGUGGGUCACCUCGCCGGACCCCAGGCUGCAGGAAAUUGCGCUGCUUGUGUUUGCUCAGUUGGCUCAUUAUAUUGGUGAAACCCUAGUACCUCAAUUGACCACGCUGCAAUCUGUGUUCCUCCGCUGCCUGAGCUCCUCCACGUCGUCUGAUGUCCGCAUCGCCGCCCUCGCCGCUAGCGUCAACUUUGUCCAGUGCCUCUCUAGUCCUUCUGACCGGGAUAGGUUGCAGGAUUUGCUGCCCCUCAUGAUGCAGACAUUGACAGAGGCACUGAAUUCUGGUCAGGAGGCAACUGCGCAGGAGGCUCUCGAGCUCCUUAUUGAGCUUGCGGGAACCGAGCCUAGGUUCCUGCGGAGGCAGAUUGUCGAUGUUGUUGGCUCCAUGCUGCAGGUUGCUGAGGCCCCUUCCCUUGAGGAAGGAACGCGCCAUUUAGCUAUUGAGUUUGUCGUGACACUUGCUGAGGCGAGGGAGCGCGCCCCGGGGAUGAUGAGGAAGCUGCCGCAGUUUAUCCAGAGGCUGUUUGGUGUGCUGAUGAAUUUGUUGCUGGAUAUUGAAGAUGAGCCGGCUUGGCACGCCGCCGAGACUGAGGACGAGGAUGCUGGUGAGACCAGUAAUUAUGGAUUUGGGCAGGAGUGUUUGGAUAGACUUUCGAUUUCUUUGGGUGGGAACACGAUAGUUCCUGUUGCUUCGGAGUUGCUGCCUGCUUACUUGGCUGCUCCUGAAUGGCAAAAGCAUCAUGCUGCACUCAUUGCCCUUGCACAGAUUGCAGAGGGUUGUUCAAAGGUGAUGAUAAAGAAUCUGGAGCAAGUAUUGUCAAUGAUUUUAAAUUCAUUUCACGAUCCUCACCCUCGAGUGAGAUGGGCAGCCAUAAAUGCAAUUGGGCAAUUGUCCACAGACUUGGGGCCAGACUUGCAGGUUAAAUAUCACCACUUAGUGCUGCCUGCAUUAGCUGGAGCCAUGGACGAUUUUCAAAAUCCCAGAGUACAGGCUCAUGCGGCUUCUGCCGUGCUGAACUUCACUGAAAAUUGUACCCCAGAUAUCCUAACACCUUAUUUAGAUGGGAUCGUGAGCAAACUUCUCGUACUUCUGCAGAAUGGGAAGCAAAUGGUUCAAGAAGGGGCAUUGACAGCAUUAGCAUCAGUUGCUGAUUCUUCACAGGAGCAAUUUCAGAAAUACUAUGAUGCUGUUAUGCCAUACUUAAAAGCUAUUUUGAUGAAUGCAAAUGAUAAGACAAAUCGUAUGCUUCGUGCCAAAGCAAUGGAGUGCAUUAGUUUGGUAGGAAUGGCUGUUGGAAAGGAAAAGUUCAGGGAUGAUGCGAAACAGGUCAUGGAUGUCUUGAUGUCACUUCAGCAAUCUCAACUGGAGGCUGACGAUCCUACUGCAAGUUACAUGUUACAAGCAUGGGCACGGCUUUGCAAAUGCCUUGGGCAGGAUUUUCUCCCAUAUAUGAAUUUUGUCAUGCCUCCUUUGCUCCAGUCUGCACAACUUAAGCCUGAUGUGACCAUUACAUCAGCAGAUUCUGAUGCUGAAUUUGAUGAAGAUGAUGACAGCAUUGAAACAAUCACUCUCGGGGAUAAAAGGAUAGGCAUUAAAACCAGUGUCUUGGAGGAGAAGGCGACUGCUUGUAACAUGCUAUGUUGCUAUGCUGAUGAAUUGAAGGAAGGAUUUUUCCCAUGGAUUGACCAGGUUGCUUUCACAUUGGUUCCUCUUCUUAAGUUUUACUUCCAUGAAGAAGUCAGGAAGGCAGCAGUUUCAGCUAUGCCGGAACUGUUGUCCUCGGCAAAAUCAGCUGUAGAGAAGGGACAAUCACAGGGUCGUGAUGAGACUUACGUAAAACAGUUGUCUGAUUAUAUAAUUCCAAAUUUGGUGGAAUCUUUACAUAAGGAGCCAGAAGUAGAAAUUUGUGCCAACAUUUUGGACGCACUGAAUGAAUGCAUACAGGUAUCUGGAUCACAUCUAGAUGAAAAGCAAGUUAGGAGCAUUGUUGACGAGAUUAAACAAGUCCUUACUGCCAGUUCAUCAAGAAAACAUGAAAGAGCAGAUAGGGCCAAAGAAGAGGAUUUUGAUGCUGAAGAAAGAGAACUACUCAAGGAAGAAAAUGAGCAAGAAGAAGAACUUUUUGAUCAAGUUGGUGAUUGCUUGGGGACUUUGAUAAAAACAUUCAGGGCAUCUUUUUUGCCUUUCUUUGAUGAGCUUUCGUCAUACCUAACACCUAUGUUUGGUAAAGAUAAAACCCCAGAAGAAAGAAGAAUUGCCAUUUGUAUAUUUGAUGAUGUUGCUGAGCACUGUCGUGAAACAGCUCUUAAGUAUUAUGAUUCGUACCUCCCAUUCUUGCUUGAAGCUUGCAAUGAUGAAUGUUCAGAUGUUCGACAGGCAGCUGUUUAUGGGGUUGGGGUUUGUGCUGAGUUUGGUGGAUCUGUUUUCAAACCCCUUGUUGGAGAGGCUCUCUCAAGGUUAAAUGCUGUUAUUGGGCAUCCCAAUGCACUACAUUCAGAUAAUGUAAUGGCAUAUGACAAUGCUGUUUCAGCUCUUGGAAAAAUAUGCCAGUUCCAUCGUGAUAGCAUAAAUGCAACACAGGUUGUUCCUGCCUGGUUAAGUUGCUUGCCUCUAAAAGGUGAUUUAAUUGAGGCUAGGGUUGUGCAUGAUCAACUGUGUUCAAUGGUUGAAAGAUCUGAUAGAGAACUUCUAGGCCCCAACAAUCAAUAUCUUUCAAAAAUUGUUGCAGUUUUUGCUGAGAUUUUAUGCGCGGGAAAUAGUCUGGCAACUGAACAAACUGUUAGUCGGAUGAUUAAUUUAUUGCGGCAGCUUCAACAAACUUUGCCACCUUCUACCCUUGCUUCAACCUGGUCAUCCUUGCAGCCCCAGCAACAGCUUGCCCUACAGUCAAUCCUAUCAUCUUAGCUUUUUCUGGUCUGGAUUGUUGCGUCUUCCAUUACCCUCAGAUGAUGCACAUCUAGUGUCAUGGGAUGUCACAGCUGCCCUCUGGGAAGGUGCUGUGUCAGGUCAAAUUUGUUCCUUUAGCAGUGGAGUCUGGAGUGUCUGUUCUUAGACCAGCAGCUGCAUCUGAUUGGUGUUUCAUGGUGCUGGGAAUAAUGCAACACAACUUCUGAGGUAUGUAUGGGUUUGAUGCAGAGGUUGCGAGUUGGUUGGGAUGAAAAACAAAGUUUUGGUGUCAGAAUAUGUAUAUUGAAGUCUUAUAUCAAAAGGGAUUCUUCGUUUAAAAGGAAUGAAUAGCGUGACUCGUUCCUGUCUGAGGAUGAUGGGAACAAGGUGACCCUGAGUCAUGCAUGACUUAGGAAAACCGAAUAGCAUUCUUUUUUGUUUAUCUAUUUUGGGGUUGUAACAGUUUUGAUGAGUCAUUUACUUGUAAACUGUGCCAUAGAUUAAUUUAUUUGUAUAUUCAUUGGCUGCGGUA